UCCUCAGGAGCCCUCCUGCAAGGCUAUGAAGAUGAGCCGGCUCUGCCUCUCCGCAGCCCUUCUCUUCCUCCUGGUUAUCCUGGUGGACAGCACCCCGGUGUAUGAACAGCAUACCCAGGACGAAGGUCAUGUGAUGAUUUCUGGAAAGCGACUGGAGAAACGUUCAGUAAAGGAGCUCCCAACAGCAAUACUCCAAGAAGAGAAUAAAGCAACUUCUAGGCCUGCUUUCUGCCUGGAGCGUAAAUUCUCAGGUCCCUGCAUUACCCCAGAGAUCAGAUACUUUUACAAUGCCAAGACUGGGCACUGUGAGCACUUUAUAUAUGGUGGCUGUAAUGGAAAGAAGAACAACUUCCUCACUGAAGAGGAGUGCAUUAAGAUCUGCGGUCAAGGGGCAGGGUCCCCGUGAGGACAUGCGAAGAGUGGUCCCCAGAAACUCUGAAGUCUGAGAUGGAUCCCUGCAGCACUGAGCUGUGGAUGCUCCUUAAACAGUUCAGUUUCCCUGUAGCUCUUUUCUCCCCUACCCACCUCAGCAGAACCUGCCUGUUUCCUUUCCUCCAUGGGUCUACAUGCCUUAAUUCUUUCUCACCCAGUUGGCUCUAAGAUUCAUGAGAUACAGUCUUCCCUUUAUCCUGAGCACUGGACACAGUUUCUGGCACCAAGGAGACAGUUUAUAAUUAUUUGAGGAAGGAAGAAAGGAAUGAUGGAGCACAUUCCUCCUGACCCAGGCAACUACACAGCCUGUGGUUUGACACCAGGAUUCUUGUCUUAACCCACAUCCUCAUGACAUUUUCACCUUCAUCCCCCUCCACACCUUAACUGCUCUCCUUGUGGCUGGCCAGGGUGGUAUUUCUGGCAUCCAGUCUCAGCAUCAGUAAUGAGAGAAGUCUUUGCAAUAAACAAGCUCUUUCCCCCAACAAUGAUGUUGCAGUUUCUCUUUCUGUAGCUUCAAACCUUGUGGCUUGUAUUUCAAUAAAUGCAUAUUCAAAAUCAAA